CUUUUCGUUGUCACAAAUUACAGGCUGUCUUUGCACCUUCAACAUCAAGCAUCGCUCCAGAAGUCGAUUGCUGGAGCAGCUGCUGUGGCUGUCAGUAAAAGAGGAAAUUGCUCUCACGAUUCGCCGAGAUGUAUCAUCCGUCUCGCGGUGGCACGAGGGGCGGUGCUGCUGAGUUCAGCUGGGAAUCAGUCAAAAAUGACAAAGACCGCGAGCAUUAUUUGGGGAACACAAUCAUGGCCGCCACAGGCCGAUGGCAAAAAGGCAAGGACAUCACAUGGUACAAUAAAGACAAGGCGAAGGGGGACGCAGACGCUGGCCAAGGGAGCGAAUCAUCGCUAGAGAAGCGUCGGAGAGAACUAGAGGAGCUCAAGCGAAACGAAGAGGAAGCAAUUGCUGCUGCAUUAGGCUUUAAACCGCGUGCAAACCCUCUGCUGAGCCGGUCCGAAGGAUCCAACUCUCGGGUAGGCUCCGCUCUCCUUGUCGGCUCAUCUUCAAGUGCGACUGCAGCAGGCCAGCGUGCGUCUGCAACAGGUACAAAUCAGAUGACCAUUGACCCGUCGCGCUCGCGUUGGAAUGCUUCGGCAGGCGACUCAUCUGCCGCAGGAGGAUCGAGCGAGCUAGAAGCCAAGCUCAGCAAGGAAGAGCGCAGAGCGGCGAGGCAACUGGCCAAGAUGGAGGUUAAGGGCAAGUUGCGCGACGAGAAGGGCAAGGGAAAAGAGCGCGAGGGAUGGCGUCCCAGCAGACGACAUAACCGCGAUAGGCAUCAGGAAGAUCAGGGGGGCAUGUCGUCUCGCAGCCACCAUCGACAUCCCGAUCGAUAUCGUACUUCGCGGCGCGAAGAGGAUAGCAGCGGCGACGAGCGCUAUCGCAGGGAGCGCGACUCGUAUCGCUGUGCCAGACACGGAGAGUCGCGCCAAGAACGAGAAAUCCGCGGGGACCGUCACGAUCGCGAGCGGGACGGCAAGCGAGCAAGCCAUUGCGAGGAGCGAUACGCUGAGCGCACAUCACGCGAACGAUCACAUUCGCACUCGCGAUCUCGGUCUCCCCGACGCGACAGCCGCGAUCACGACAGGAGAUAUGAUGAGGCGCGACACAGCAGCAGCAGGGGUUAUCGGGAGGGUCGCAGCCACGAGCGUGAUGUGCGUGAUCGCGGGCCUGCGCACUGCAAGGAGAGAAGCAAAAAGCGGAGCCCUGGUCGCUCGCUCUCGCCGCCGCUCAGCAUUCGCCGGCGCCAGGGUCAGGACGAUAUUGAGGAUCCGGAUAAGACACCGACGUAUCCUCGGCGAGGGUGACCCCUCCAUUUGUACUUGCCAUGUGAUCAGCGCGCCAUCUGAUGAAUGCUACAUAUAUACAAAGCACUCCUCUGUACGGCACUGCACAAGGGAAUGCCUGAGCGGCCUUUGGGAG